AUGAUCAAGCCCCGUGUGCCAGGUGGCGAUCUUGCUCGAGUGACUCGUGUCAAGAGCAAGGCUGAGAUGCAGCUUCUCGGUCGGAAGGAUCACCAGGUGAAGGUUCGUGGGCAGCGGAUUGAGCUGGGCGAGGUUGAGCAUUUACUCCUUCAGUGUGCUGGAGCACUGGUCACAUCGGUGGCCGUGGCUUCUUUUGAUGAUCGCCUGGUCGCUUUCUGUGUGCCAUCCGAUCUCUUGCUGACAGAGAUGAGGGAGAGCAACGUGGCGUCUGUGCUGCGCGCGGUGAUUCGUUACCUCUCCGAGAAAGAGGUGCCACGAGGCAUGCGGCCUCGUGUCGUUCUCACAAACUCCUUGCCAUGGACGGCGUCUGGCAAGGUGGCCCGCGGCGAGCUGCGGACGCUCCUCACCGAGGUGGACGGUUUGAAGCCGGCUAGCUGGCGUUCGGAGCUCCUUGAGAGCUCCAGGCGCAGAGAUGAGAAGACCCAAGGUGUCAAAGAGCUCUUCGAGCAGUACACAAAAGAGCUCCGUCGAGGGUGGGUGCAGAGCCCCGUGGGAACGGAUGAGGCUGAGGAACCGAAAAGCGCAGAGGACCUCCAAAAGGCGCUGCAGGCCGCCCAGCAAAAGCUGAAGGAAGAACAAGCUCGGAACAAGGGCUUGGAGGCCGAAUUGGCCGCCACACAACGGCUCCUCAAGGUGGUUCCAAUCUUUAUUUAUGUAGAGUGA